CACCCUGCUUCCGGUCGGAGUUGGUCCUGCAAGUCGGGACACUGCGUCUCUAUGCGGGGAAGAGCCGCAAACUCAUAUUCUGAAAUCCGCUUCGGGCCGCUUGUGAGUGGGCUCGAUGCCGGCCCUGCAGCCGGAGAAGCGGCUGCUGACGAGAAGAGGUUGUUCUCUCUUCCGGAACGAAGGCAGCGCGCACAGGCUGUUUCCGGGGGGGCCGAAGCUGUCGCCGCGCCCGACCCCGCCUCUGGCGCGGCCACGUCUCCGCUAGAGCAGCCGGGCCGGGCUGCCGCCGCGGUUCCUCAGCGCCGGGGUAUCAUAUUACUUGGUUUGAUUUCAAGUCGUUUAUAAGACAUUACAUCUCUUGAAAUGGAAAACCUAGUGCCGUCCUUCCCCGGGGAUCCCGACUGUUGGUGAUGGCAGAACCAAGCCUGCCAGCAGUGCCCGUGCAGCUCCCGAGUGUCGGCCCAGUCUGAGGCGUCCUGACCAUGGAUGGAGUGUCGGCCGUGCAGGGUGGCCUCUUGGAAGAUGGAUCCCGCAGUGGCACCUCAGCCCGUCCUGACCCCCUCCGGCAGCCCCUGGGUCCUCCGGCGCCACCUGACCAGUGGGAUGAAGCCCAGCGUGCCAGCGCCGAGGUGGACAGAGCUAUGGAUGAAGGAGAAAGCCCAGACCGGCCCAGCGAGGGGGACGCCUGUCAGAAUGGGCCGAUGCCACAGCUCCCAGGCCCGCCGUCGGCUCUCGGUCCCACCAAGAGCCCAGUGGGUCCUGAUGCGCCUCCAGGUGUGGCUGGUUUCCAUGACAACCUAAGGAAGUCUCAGGGGACUAGUGCUGAGGGCAGUGUUAGAAAAGAAGCUUUGCAGUCUCUCAGACUCAGUCUUCCUUUGCAAGAAACGCAACUGUGCUCAGCAGAGGCCUCGCUGCCGCUGGAGAAGGAGGAGCAGGUCCGACUUCAGGCUCGGCGGCGGCUGGAGGAGCAGCUCACGCAGUACAGGGUGAAGCGCCAGCAGGAGCGUUCCAGCCAACCUGCAACUAAAACGAGACCUUUCAGCACACUGGAUCCUGAGCUUAUGUUGAACCCAGAAGCCUUACCAAGGGCCAGCACUGUGGCGAUGACAAAGGAGUAUUCCUUCUUGCGCACCAGUGUGCCUCGGGGCCCGAAGGUGGGCAGCUUACGGCACCUAGCACAUUCUAAGGAGAAAAAAAGUUCCAAAUCAAGCAAAAUUCGGUCCCUGGCUGAUUACAGAACUGAAGACUCAGAUGCUGGGAAUUCGGGUGGAAGUGUUCUGGCCACAGACUCCGCUAGGGGCUCCCUGAAGCAGAACCGAAGCAGCAUGACGUCAGUGGUGUCUGAGGUCAGCCUGUGCCCUGAAGCCGAUGACCUGGAGAACUCAUCCCUUCCUGGAGACAACAUGUCUGAGGCUGAUGGGAAUGAGAGUGACAGCUCUUCCUAUAGCGGCGUCUCCACCCGGGGGGUGCACGGCCUUCUGGUGAACAGCGCGGGCACGCGUGAAGCCUCCUAUGUGAUCAAUGGCCAGGAGAUUGCCUCCAGUUCUCUGGGCCAGUUCCCGUCCAUCACGGAUGUCCUCCAGGCCGCUGCAGCCGAGCACCGAGACCGGGGCCCAGAGGUCAAUGGGGAGACACGGAGCCGGACGGACAGCAUCUGCAGCAGCGUGUCCAUGGAAGGUUCUGUGGCUGAAACUCAAGAUGAGAUGUUGCAGGUUCUUAAAGAAAAAAUGAGACUUGAAGGACAGCUAGAAGCCUUAACCCAAGAGGCUAGUCAGGCACUUAAGGAAAAGGCGGAGCUGCAGGCGCAGCUGGCUGCCCUGAACACACGGCUGCAGGCGCAGGAGGAGCACAGCCACAGCAGCCAGCGGAAGCAGGACGCGCUCAGUUCGGAGGUGGACACCUUGAAGCAGUCCUGCUGGGACCUGGAGCAGGCAAUGAGCGACCUGCAGAACACGCUAGAGGCCAAGAACGCCAGCCUUUCAUCCUCCCACCACGACCUGCAGGUGGCAGAGGAGCAGUACCAGCGACUCCUGGCCAAAGUGGAGGAGAUGCGGAGCAGCAUGCUCAGCAAGGACAGCACAGUGCACGACCUACGGCAGCAGAUGACAGCCUUGCAGAGCCAGUUGCGACAAGUGCAGCUGGAGCGCACGACACUCACCAGCAGGCUGAAGACAUCCCAGGCGGAAAUCGCGUCUCUGCAAAGUGUCAGGCAGUGGUACCAGCAGCAGCUCGCCCUGGCCCAGGAGGCCCGGGUCAGACUGCAGGGCGAGAUGGCCCACAUCCAGGUUGGACAGAUGACCCAGACUGGCCUCCUGGAGCACCUGAAACUUGAGAAUGUGUCCUUGUCCCAGCAGCUGACGGAAACCCAGCACAGGUCCAUCAAGGAGAAGGAGCGCAUCGCCCUGCAGCUCCAGGGCAUUGAAGCUGACAUGUUGGACCAAGAAGCUGCCUUUGUGCAGAUUCAAGAGGCAAAGACGAUGGUGGAGGAGGACCUGCAGAGGAGGCUAGAGGAGUUCGAGGAGGAGAAGGAGCAGCUGCAGAAGAUGGCAGCCUCAGCAGCAGCCCUGGAGCAGCAGCUAGAGCAGGUGAAGCUAACCCUGCACCAGCGAGACGAGCAGCUUGCAGCCUUGCAGCAGGAGCACCUGGACCUGCUGAAGCAGUUCACCUCAACACAGGAGACGCUGCAGGGCCGAGAGCAGGCCCUCGGUGACCUGCAGGUGCGCUACGAUGAGCUGCAGGCCCGACUGGAGGAGCUGCAGGGCGAGGCCACCUCCAAGGACGACACCAUCCGCUUCCUGCAGAACGAGAAGAUUGUCUUGGAGGUGGCUCUGCAGGCGGCCAGGAGCAGCGGGGAGGAACUCGACAGAGGAGUCAGAAGCUUGGAAGAAGGUGCUGAAGAAACGUCAGAAAUUCUGGAGCAGUUGAGACAGGAACUAGCCGUCAAGUCCAGCCAGGUGGAGCACCUGCAGGAAGACGCCAGCUCUCUGAAAAAGCAAAUGCAGAAAAUAAAGGAACAGUUUCUUCAACAGAAGCUCCUGUCCUGGCAGGUGAUGGUGGAGGCCUACCGGCGGGACACCGCCUCCAAAGACCAGCUCAUCAGCGAGCUCAAGGCCACGAAGAAGAGGCUGGACUCGGAGGUGAAGGAGCUGAGGCAAGAGCUGAUGCAGGUCCAAGGGGACAAGAAGUCCAUGGAGGCGGAGCAGGCGCGCUUGCAGAAGGAGGUGUCCCGAGUGCAGCAGCAGAUGGCGGCUCUCGAAGGGCAUCUGGAGUCGGUGCAGAGAGAGCGCGAUGAGAUGGAGACCCACCUGCAGGCUCUGCAGUUCGACAGACAGCAGGUGGCUGCGCUGACAGAGGCCAACAAGGGGCUCCAGGCCCAAGUGGAAGAGCUGCGGCAGGAAGCCGCCAGGGCCAUCAGCGAACAGAAGCAGAGGGUGACACGGCUGGGCUCGGACCUGAGCAGCGCUCAGAAGGAGAUGAAGAGCAAGCACAAGGCCUACGAGAGCGCCGUGAGCAUCCUGAGCCGCCGCCUGCAGGAGGCCCUCACCGCCAAGGAGGCAGCUGAGGCUGAGCUGAGCCAGCUGAGAGCCCAGGCGGCCGAUGGCGCCAGCGACCUCGUGCUGCGCGAGAGAAUCCAGGCCCUGGAGGUGGAGUUGCAGACCGUGGGCCACAGCAAGGUGAUGCUGGAGAAGGAGCUGCAGGAGGUCAUCGCGCUGACUACCCAGGAGCUGGAGGAGUACCGGGAGAAGGUGCUGGAGCUGGAGGACGAGCUUCAGGAAUCCAGAGGCUUUAGGAGGAAGAUAAAGCGCCUUGAAGAGGCAAAUAGGAAGUUGGCUUUGGAGUUGGAGCACGAACGGGGGAAGCUCACCGGCCUUGGACAGUCCAAUGCGGCUUUGCGGGAGCACAACAGCGUGUUGGAGACGGCGCUGGCCAAGAGGGAGGCCGACCUCGUGGAGCUGAACCUUCAGGUUCAGGCCAUCAUGCAGCGCAAGCAGGAGGAGGACCGCCAGAUGAGGCAGCUCGUGCAGGCCUUGCAAGCUGCACUGGAGAGAGAGAAGCUGGAAGUGCACAGCCUCAGGGAACAGGUGGCUGCAGCCAAAGUAGAAGCAAGGCACAACCAGCGCCACUUCAAGGCCGCCACCUUGGAGCUGAGUGAGGUGAAAAAGGAGCUGCAGGCCAAGGAGCUCCUGGUGCAGACGCUGCAGGCGGCGGCUGAGCGUCUCCAGCUUCAGGAGGGGACACAUGCCCAGGAAGUCGCCCAGUUCCAGGCAGAGCUUUCAGAGGCACGGACCCAGCUACAGCUCCUGCAGCAGCAGUUGGAUGAGCAGCUGAGCAAACAACCUGUGGGCAACCAGGAGAUGGAAAACCUCAAGUGGGAGGUGGAUCAGAAGGAGAGAGAAAUCCAGUCCCUGAGGCAGCAGCUGGACCUAAGCGAGCAGCAGAGCAGGCGGGAGCUGGACGGGGCCGAGCGGGCUCUGCAGAACAUCAAGUCUGAGCUGGAGGUGAUGCGGGAAGACCUGUCCGUGACCCAGAAGGACAAGUUCAUGCUUCAGGUGAAAGUGUCGGAACUGAAGAACAACAUGAAAACUCUGCUACAGCAGAACCAGCAGCUCAAGCUGGACCUGCGACGCGGCGCGGCCAAGACGAGAAAGGAACGGAGAGGCGAGGCCAGCCCUUCCAGCCCCGUAACGCCGGUGAAGGUCCCCGACUGCCCCGUCCCGGCCUCACUGCUGGAGGAGCUGCUGAGGCCCCCGCCCGCCGUGAGCAAGGAGCCCCUGAGGAACCUCAACAGCUGUCUCCAGCAACUGAAGCAGGAGAUGGACAGCCUGCAGCGCCAGAUGGAGGCACACGCCGUCACCGUGCACGAGUCACUGUCCUCAUGGACUCAGGGGGACCCUGCUUCCCUGGGCGACCAGGCCCCCCCCGGAGGAGACACCGAGCCACCCGGUCCCAGCAGCACCUCCAGAGAGCGGCUGGGAACAGCCUCUGCCGAGCACGCCCAUGCUGAGUGUGUGUGAUUGUCCCUCACCAGGGACCUUAAGUUCUGCGUUUGCUUUGCAAGAAGUGAAAUAACAGGGGAGCCACCUGCAGGUCACAACCAGCUUCCCCAGAAGUGACCAAACCUUCAAACCCUAGUGAGCUCUCAGUGACAGUGUUAGAAGGUGUCUGGGGCCACUUGCAGGAGGCGAACCCUCACCAGUGAUAUAGACGCUGCUCUGUGGCCACCGGUCCUGGGGAACCUGGUCGUGGGCCCACUUCCUCACUUCACCUCCCCGCGGAAGUGAAAUUUUGCACCUUUGGUUUUUAUUUUCACAGCCAUCCCACCAUAGGAUGUGUAUGUAAAUACUGAGAAUCGUAACCUAAUCUUUAAAAAGUAUGUCCCGUAUUAUUUAAAAAUGACCUGAAUUAUCUGCUUUUCGAUUGCCUUUUGAAAAUCUGCUGUCAGGAAAUAAUGUACAUGUAGGAUUAAGGGAUGUCAGUAAGAAAAUUAUAUUUUAAGAAAUAUAAUUAUUUUAUUUACCUCCUAAAACCAAAUAUUCUUAGAGCAUUCUUUCUUGUUUUUGUUUCACUUUAUUUUUGAGUGUCUUCUCCUUGUCUAAGUGCACGAUGCCCAGCUGUCCAACCGCCCUGCUUGGCCUCACCACCCCCAGGCAACAUGGCUUGUCCAGGCCGCACCUUCUGUGCCCAAGUGGCAGUGUCCACCAGGACCUACGAUGGUCGGAGACACGCUGGGCUCAGUGGUGAUGGCUGUCAGGUCUGAGGUGCUGUAAUGACCAGGCACCCGGAGUGUGUGAGGUUCACCUGUACAUGUCCCACCUGAAGUCCUUACACCCAGCAGAAACGGACGGACUGUGGGACUUGAGGGUUAUAAGUUUGUCCCCAAGUUUGCUAAGAAAAUCUAAAAUAGUAUUUAUUGUAAUAAGUCAGAGUGAGGUGGCUGCAUGUGCACCCUGUGCGGAUCUGCUGCUCUGAGGGGGGGGUGACCUGUCCAGAUCCGACAUCAUGCCAGCCUGUGUGCUGUGUCUUGUGUCUUGUUUGUGGAGAAAACAAUAUAUAUUUUUAUUGGUUUGAGAGAGGAAGGAAGAGGGAGAGAGAGAAACAUCAGUAAUGAGAGAGACUCAUUGAUCGGCUGCCUCCCACACACCCCCUAUUGGGGAUCAAGCCAAAAUCCAGGCAUGUGCCCUGACCAGGAAUCAAACCUUGACCUCCUGGUUCGUAGGUUGACACUCAACCACUGAGUCACACCGGCCUAGAGAAAACAGUGGUAUUUUUAAGCUGUCCGUGUUCUCUUAGAAUGUGCUGUCAUAAGGUUCGUUGAUAAAGUAGCGUUAACCACAAAGACGUUUAGAGUUUAAAGAAGGGUCCCUAGUAAGUAUUGGGACUUCUAAAUACAUCUCUCAUUGGUACAGGGUCCAUCUUGAAACAAUACUUGAAAACUCAUUAUAAAUGUAUCCUACUUUUCAUAAUAAGUUGGAAAGCAUUUUUGACAAAAUUGUUUUUGUGCCAUUGGAAGAGAAACAUGGUAAUUUAUGUUCUUAGUUACUUUGGCUGCAUUAUUCUGGUUUUAAUUUUAAAACCAAGACAUGGCACCCAGCCCUGUGCCUCCGUGGCUCUCAGACUCCCCAGGGAAGACCUGCCACUGCCUCCAUGUCCUUCUCUCGGGAAAAGCUCACCCUGAACGCACCCAUCGAGGGGAGGCCGUCUCUGUCCUUGCCGCCUUCCUUCUCCUGUGCCUCCACCAUCCUCGGUGCCCAUUCUUCAGCUCAGCCAGCACCUGGCCGGCUUUGGUCCCGGCUUCGGGCGCGGCUGCUGCUUGCUUAUCUCCACCGGACUGACUGCUUCCUCCCAAGAUGGGAUGUGUUCUUCUGUUCUGGGCAGAAGUGGAAUUGGGAAUUAACUCAUGAGAAACAGCAGUCAAGUCCAGAGUCCGUAUAACCCAGAUUCGCCAUCGCCUGUGUGUGGCUCUUCAUCCUGUGUGACGAACGCCGUCCUGUCCUCACUCGGGAAGUUGGCUCGGGCACCUGAUGUCCUUACUUGCUUUUCUUACGUUUCAAAAAAACUAUUGCAAUGUCAUUAUCAUUGAUUUCUCCACAAUGCACACCAGGUAGAUGCCACAGAUCUGAGAGGCUUUGUUCUACAGGGUGGGCAAAAGCAUGGAAAACAUUUCAUAUGGAAAAAUAAUACGAUAAUAAUACAAGAAUGAACUUCUGUGCACUCACAGCUGUAAACCUACUUUUGCCCCGCUCUGUUUGGAGGGAUCAGAGGCGUUUGGUUCGGGUGUGAAACAGGCUCUUGUCCCGGGUCCAGGGCGCAGCAUCCACUGGGCAGUGGCCUGCGGCCAGGGCGUGAGGAAGUCUCCUCGAGCCCCUUGCAGCUUAGGCCUCCCUUGGGGUUACUGCAGGUCACCGUGACAACAUUUCUACUUCAUGCGUAUCUUUCUUAACAAAAGUUCAAUGUGGUGUGUGAAGAUUCUGGGGUGAGGGACCAGCGUGACCCCCCCUUCAGGGACCCACACGACGUGGACAGGCCUGUGACGUGUGAGACACUCAGCCUUAUUCACGCAAUGACCACGUCCCGGGCGCGUCCCAUGGUGGUGGUCUCAGGUUAUAAGAGAGUCUUCGGGGGGAUGUUUUAGACGGUCUGAGACACUCAGUUUUAAGUUAUUCAUUUCUAUUAAAAAUUUCCUCAUAAAAGGGAGUCCUCAAGUUGGGGCUGUUCAGGGGAAAGAUGUCAUCGUGCACCACAAAUUGUAACUUUAAAAAGCAUGUUGAUUUUUUAUAAAUUUAAGCGUGCUUGGGAAUUCCUUAAAUUUUGUGCAAUAAACUAUUUUUUGUUAAA